UUGUAAGGUAGUAGUAACUUGAAACUUCAAACAUAGUAAUGCAAAUCCAAUUUCCCAUGGUAGUAACACUUCAUAAAACUGGUAAGAAGAUAACAUAACACAGAGAAACAACUAAGAAAACGACAAAAUCAACGCCACCACAAUCUAUUGUUUGCUAAUAAUAAUGUCACCUUUUUACUGCCACCAAAACACACAUACUUUCUCUCUCUUUCUUUCUCACUGACAAAAACACAAACACCUUCUCUUCACUCUCCCAACCCCCACAAAAAAACAUGCCACUCUCUUACACUCUCUUCUUCUUCUUCUUCCUUCAACGCAUUCUAACCUUCACCAUUGCAACCUCUUCCACCACCAUUAUUCUAGAAGGAAGCACCACACUCCGAAGCCCAAACAACACCUUCGAACUCGGAAUCUUCAACUUGCCAUCUUCCAACAACUUCUACCUCGCAAUCCGCUACGCUUCACUCUCAAAACAAACCCUCAUUUGGGUCGCUAACCGCCGUCAACCCUCCCCAACCCAAACCAAUACCACCCUUCAGCUCACCAACACCACCACCACGUGCCACCUCAGCCUCACUCACCCCCAAACCUCACUACCUCUAUGGCAAACCCCAACUCCAAAAGGCCCUUCCUUUUCUUCUUGCAAUGUUCAGUUACUGGAAAAUGGAAACUUGGUUCUUCUCUCUUCCGAAAAUGGCACCGUUUUGUGGCAGAGCUUCGACGAACCAACUGACAAGUGGCUUCCGGGUAUGAACUUGACCCGAACCCAAUCUCUUGUUUCGUGGAAAACCGAAACGGACCCUUCGCCGGGGCUUUACUCUCUGCGGCUGAAACCACCGGAUUACGGUGAGCUUGAGCUUGUUUUCAACGGCACCGAUUCGUACUGGUCCACCGGAAACUGGACCGGUAAUUUUUUCACCGGAAUUCCUGAGAUGACGAAUCCGUACAUUUACCGGUUCCAUUUCGAGGAGCCUUUUACUGCAGCUGCGUCGUUUGGGUUCACAGAGACGACUUCGGAUAGUGGCUUUGUUCCGACGAUGUUCCGUUUGGAGCCUCACGUUUGUGGGAGGUUCGGAGUUUGCAAAGGUCAUGAAAGUUCUGAACUUUGUGUUUGUGUUGAUGGGUUUGGGCCUUCUGAUGAAGUGGGUUGGGGGAAUGGGGAUUACACUAUGGGUUGUGUUCGUAAAAAAAUGGAUUCUUGUGAUAAAAGGGAUGGUUUUCAGGAUAUGGGGUUGGUGAAAUUUGGAUCUGGUAGUGUGAAUUUUUCGAAAGCUAAGUCUAGGAGCUUUUGUGAGAGUAAAUGUUUGGGAUCUUGUGAGUGUGUUGGGUUAACUUUUAGUGAAGGGAGUGGUUUGUGUAAGAACUUUUAUGGUUCAGUGUUUGAUUUUCAGAAUGUGAGUUCUGUUGGUCUUGGUGUUGGUGAUGGUGGUGGUGCCUUGUAUGUGAGGGUGCCAAGAGAUGGGAAUGAGAAGGGUUUGGAUAGUAAAGUUUUGAUUGUUGCUGUCCUUGUUGGGUCGGUGGCAGUUUUGGGUGUUGUGGUGGUGACUUUGUUGGUGUUGGUGAAGAAGAAGAGGAAGAAGGAGUUGGAGGAGGAAGAUAGAUUUAUUCAAAUGUUGAAUUUGAGGAUGUUUUCUUACAAGGAGCUUCAAUUGGCAACAAGGGGUUUUUCGGAGAAAGUUGGGCAUGGUGGAUUUGGGACUGUAUUUCAAGGUGAAUUGAGUGAUUCAACUCUUGUUGCUGUGAAGAGGUUGGAGAGGCCAGGGAGUGGGGAGAAAGAGUUCAGGGCCGAGGUUUCGACAAUUGGGAACAUUCAGCAUGUUAAUCUUGUGAGGCUUAGAGGCUUUUGUUCUGAGAAUGCUCAUAGGCUUUUGGUUUAUGAGUUCAUGCAAAAUGGCGCAUUGAGCGCUUAUCUGCGCAGGGAAGGGCCUAGUUUGAGCUGGGAUGUUAGAUUUCGAGUUGCAGUUGGAACAGCCAAAGGGAUUGCAUAUUUACAUGAGGAGUGUAGGAACUGCAUUAUACAUUGUGAUAUCAAACCUGAGAAUAUCCUUUUGGAUAGUGGUUUCAAUGCAAAGGUUUCGGAUUUCGGUUUGGCAAAGCUCAUGGGGAGGGAUUUCAGUAGGGUGUUGGCAACCAUGAGGGGUACUUGGGGGUAUGUUGCUCCGGAGUGGAUUUCCGGGGUGGCAAUUACUGCGAAGGCUGAUGUUUAUAGUUAUGGAAUGACAUUGCUUGAACUAAUUGGUGGUCGCCGAAACAUUGAGACACUGCCAUCUGCUGGUGGUUGUGACAGAGGCAAAGAGAGUGGUUGUGAGAUGGGAGAGAGAUGGUUCUUUCCUCCUUGGGCGGCACGGCAGAUAAUCGACGGCAAUGUGGCCUCCGUGAUCGAUAAGAAACUUGGAGAUGCAUAUAACAUUGAGGAGGCUAGAAGGGUUAGUUUGGUAGCAGUUUGGUGCAUUCAAGAUGAUGAAGCUAUUAGGCCUACAAUGGAUAUGGUGGUGAAAAUGUUGAAAGGGUUAGUGGAAAUUAGGGAUCCUCCACUGCCGAAUUUGCUACAAGCAUUGGUUACCGGCGAGUCCUUUCAAGGCGUCAAGUCUGAUUCAGGCAAUGAGAUUUCCACCGGCGGAGGCUUAUCCGGCGGCAACUUGGAAGUGUCAAUUGCUGAUUCAGAAUCAUAUGUUGGAGAUGCAUUUCCCUCCCCAAUGGAUGUGAUUUACUUCCUAAGGAGAUGAAUUGGAAGAAGAAAGUUGAAAAAGAAAAUGGGAUGUGGAUGUAAAUUAGUUAGUUAACUUUGUUCAUUGAAUCUUACAAUGCUUGGGAUUAGGAUCCUGAAACAUGAAGUGGAUUUUCCAGAUUAUAUAUUGUAGUAAUACUGUAAUAGUUUCAAAUUUUCUUGUUUCAAUUGAGCAGAUAAGCAGAGAUUUUAAAUUUGUCAAAUCAUUUUCAACUUGUAAUUUUAUUGUAACAUAAGAGCAAUGAUCUUGACUCAA